AUGCGGAUAUGUUAUUACGAUCUGCUCAGCGUUGAAAGAACAGCCACAGGCGACGACAUUAAAAAAGCCUAUCGCAGACAGGCUUUAAUAUGGCAUCCAGAUAAAAAUCCCGACAGACCAGAAGCCCAUGAACGAUUUCAACUCAUUCUAGAAGCUUACGAAGUCUUAUCAGACCCGCAAGAACGGUCAUGGUAUGACAGCCAUCGCGAUGCCAUUUUACGCGGAGACGAUCAGAAAGCGCAACGAGACAGCAGUGCAGGAACCACGGCGGAAGAUCUUAUGCGUUACUUUAGCGUUUCCGAGUUUAAGGGUUACAAUGACAAUGAUCAGGGAUUCUUCACAGUAUACCGAAAAUUGUUCCAAAAACUUAGCAACGAAGAGGAAGAAGCGUAUCGAAACGAUCCACCCGAUGAUUAUGAUGACCAGCGUUCAUUUACAUCUUAUCCUUCGUUUGGUGACUCCAAGACACCUUAUGCAGACAAUGAUCGCUAUUUAGGCUACGGCGGUUACGUGCGCGAUUUUUACAAUGCAUGGUUGAAUUUUUCUUCGGUGAAAUCGUUUUCUUGGAUGGAUAAAUGGCGUUUAUCAGAAGCACCGAAUCGAUAUGUGCGAAGAGCCAUGGAAAAAGAGAAUAAAAAGGCCAGAGAUACAGCACGCAAAGAAUACAAUGAUACCAUGCGAAGUCUCGCCAAUUUCGUGAAAAAGCGCGAUCCGCGCUUCAAAGCAUUCCAAGCCGAAGAAGAGAAACGAAAAGAGGAAGCGGCCGCUAAGCAAAAAGCACGAAUCCAACGUGAAAAGCAAGAAUUACAGGCGCAGAUCGAUGCUUACCAGGAACAAGAGUGGGCCAAGGUGGAUCAUCAUCCGUUGGAUUCGCUCUCCAUUGGAGGAAGCGACGACGACGAGGAGGAAGAAGUGGAGGAGAGUGCCUUUUAUUGCGUGGUUUGUGAUAAAUUCUACAAAAGCGAACAACAAUUUGUCAGCCACGAGAAUAGUAAAAAGCACAUCAAAUUGGCCGAAGCAUUGAAGGAAGAAAUGAUGGCCGACGAGGAAGAUUUCGACUUUGCAAAUAUGGCUGCUGCUCCAGAAGAUCAGACAGUGGAACCUGCACAAGACGAAGAAGAAGAAGUAGAAGAGGAAGAAAUCAUCCCUCUUCCAGUCAAAGAGAAAAAGAAGAAGAAAAAGGGAAAAUCGGCUCCACGCUGGGGUUUCGAUGAAGAAGGAAAUGAGGACGAAAUUGCGGCUCUUACAGCGGCAUUGGAACUGGAAGAGAGUCGACGGAAAAAACGAGGGGGUCGGAGAACCAUGGAAGCUGAUGGGACACCUGAUACUCCAGCCUCGGUAGAGGAAGGAGAAGAAACGAGCGAGUCAUCGGCCAUGCCAAAGGAGUCGGCGAAAACAAAACGAGAAAAACGAAAAGAAAAGAAGAAGCAAAAGGAAGAGGCUGCAGCGACGCAUCAAUGCAACGUUUGUCAGGAAAGUUUCGAGACGCGUAACCAAAUGUUUACGCACAUCAAGGCCACCGGGCAUGCUCUUGCUGUUCCAAUGAAGAAAGGCAAAUCAAGAAGAUGA